AGGUGCACUGUGUCCCUGGGACACAGAGGAUCACUGAUCACUGUAAAGAGCCGAUGAUGUUGGCUCUGUCAUGUGAUCAGCUGUGUCCAAUCACAGCUGAUCACAUUGGACAUCUACACUGAUCAUCAGGGCACUGAUGAUCAGUGCCCUCAUGAUCAGUGUAGCCCCAUCAGUUUCACCUGUCAGUGCCCAUCAAUGCCACCUGUCAGUGCCCAUCAAUGCCACAUACCAGUGCCACAUAUCAGUGCCUACCAGUGCACAUCAAUGCCACAUAUCAGUGCCCAUCACAGCUGCCUUUCAGUACUGCUUAUCAGUGCCCAUUAGUGCUGCCUAUCAGUGCCCAUCAGUGCUGCCUAUCAGUGCUCGUCAGUGCCCCCUAUCCAUUCCAAUCAGU